AUGUUGGGAGCUGGUGAAAACAAAUGUAAUUUAUCGCCUUCGUCACGCACGGUGCAACGGAUUCAUGCAAGUCUCAGCCUCGUCAAUAAGACCAUUCGAGGAACAGUCACACCUGAUAAGUCUACCCUUGAAGUAAUCAAAUCUCUUCAGCUGCACCAGGCAAAGUCAGUACAGGAGCUUGUAGCGAAUCCUGACAAAAACGAUUUCCGUAAGACGCCGGUCGACUUCUCGAAACUUUUCCGACCAGGGCGACUACUUAACGCCCUCCGUCAAGUGACAGCAAGAUCAAGCGGCUGUACAAUGGAUAUGCUGCGACUCUCUUCGGCAUGGGAUGCAUCACUCAUCGCGAAUGAUAUUUCGAUCCAAGUUCAGGGUAUCCUCCUACAAGGAGCGCUAUUUGAUGGGAAACUUCGCGAUACUGUAGCCAGCAGUCCGCCUGUGACCAAUGCUCCACAACUAACUCUCGGAUGGACGAAAAUUGGUUCUCCAGCACAGUACAAGGAGAACGAGUCUGUGGCUGUACCACUCUACACUGACGUCACACGUAGCGAAUACAUCGCUACCGUAAUAAUGCCAUGUUCGGACGUUCAUAAAUGGAAUAUCGCCGCUGUGGCAUUGUUCUUGAGAUAG